CCUCCGAGACAGCUGGGCGGGAGGGAGGGUGUCGGGGGGACCACCCCCCACCAUUCCGACCGCUAUGGGCCCAACCUCCCACUCCCACCACCCCUCCAUCGGCCGGGGCUAGGACAACCCCCCCAUAUCCCGUCGCCCCCCCUUGGCACCGACACCGAGACAGAGACACUGCCAAGCCGCCACCACCGCUGCCGCAGCCUGGCUGGGGAGGGGGCCCGUCCCCCAGGCCCCCCGCCCCAUUGAGGUGGCCAGAAUGGAGCUGUGGCCUGGGGCCUGGACGGCUGUGCUGCUGCUGCUGCUGCUGCUGCUCCUGCCCACCCUGUGGGUCUGCAGUCCCAGUGCCAAGUACUUCUUCAAGAUGGCCUUCUACAAUGGCUGGAUCCUCUUCCUGGCUGUGCUUGCCAUCCCCGUGUGUGCCGUGCGAGGACGCAACGUUGAGAACAUGAAGAUCUUACGGCUGAUGCUGCUGCACCUCAAAUACCUGUACGGGAUCCGAGUGGAGGUACGAGGCACUCACCACUUCCCUCCCGUGCAGCCCUACGUCGUGGUCUCCAACCACCAGAGCUCCCUCGACCUGCUUGGGAUGAUGGAGGUGCUGCCUAGCCGCUGUGUGCCCAUUGCCAAGCGUGAGCUGCUGUGGGCCGGCUCGGCAGGACUGGCUUGCUGGCUGGCAGGCGUCAUCUUCAUUGACCGGAAGCGCACGGGGGAUGCCAUCAGUGUCAUGUCUGAAGUGGCCCAGACCCUGCUCACCCAAGAUGUGAGAGUCUGGGUUUUUCCUGAGGGAACAAGAAACCACAAUGGCUCCAUGCUGCCCUUUAAACGCGGCGCCUUCCAUCUCGCAGUACAGGCCCAGGUCCCCAUCGUCCCCAUAGUCAUGUCCUCCUAUCAAGACUUCUACUGCAAGAAGGAGCGCCGCUUCACCUCGGGGCGAUGUCAGGUGAGGGUGCUGCCCCCAGUGUCCACAGAAGGCCUGACACCAGACGAUGUCCCUGCUCUAGCUGACAGAGUCCGGCACUCCAUGCUCACCGUCUUCCGGGAGAUCUCCACCGAUGGCCUGGGUGGUGGUGACUUUGUGAAGAAGCCUGGGGGGGUGGGCGAGGCCCGGCUCUGAGCUCUCCCAGCCACCCCAUCUUCCUCUCCAUUCCUACCAACCCAGUGGCCCUGAAGCAGAGCCACGCCCUCUCCCUAAGUCCCCAUCCCCACCUACUCUCCCCUUUGGAAUCUUCAACUUCUGAAGUGAAUGUGGAUACAGCGUCGCUCGCUCCUUGCCCUUUUCCGCCCCCCACCCAUGGACUCUCCUGCGUGGGUGCAGUGUCCACUCCCAUCCCCGCCCGCUGUCUUGUCUGUGGGACAGUUGCCUCCCAUCCCGCAGGAGCGUGGGGGACACAGCCCCCGCGGGCUUUUCCUUUCCAGUCUUCUCUCCCUCUCCACCCCACAUUGGCCAGUGGACUCAUCCGUUCUGUGGAACAAUCCACCUCCCCCUGCCCCACGUCCGCAGAUUUUGUGGGCUCAUCCGUUUGCAAGGACUCCUCAUCCUGUGGCUGGAAGCGGAGUGCGAACACUCCUGGGCUCCUCUGCGAGCUUGCCUGGGCACCUCGCCCUUUCCCAGGCCCUCGGCGGGUGGGCAACUUCUAACUCAGAGGUCUCAUCCCUGCCCUUGCCCAGGGCCCAGCACACUCCAGAUGCCAACGUCUGCUUCCCCGGUCCCUGGUUCAGUUCUUUGUGGUCCUGCCCUCCAGGCCCUCGCCAUCCAAGCAGACCGGAGCAGCAGCCCCGCAGCUCCCCGGACCUGGGGGAGAGGAGCUCCACCCCGGCCGGAGGCGGGGCUCUUAAUUUAUUUCUCUUGAUUUUGAGGUGCCGCCCGCCCUCAGCCGAUUUUCAUUUCCUCCAGUGGCAUUGCCGGCCCCCUGCCUCCCACUCCAGACCCAUUCCUUCCACGUGGGGUGUGGGCUGGGAGCAGGAGAGUGGGACCAGUUUCGUGUGGUUGGUUUUUAUUAAUUACCUGGAUAUCAGCAAACAAAUGAGAAUAAAGAGAAAGAGAGA